AGGAAGAAGAAGGAGCCGCGCGAGCCCGGUAAGCGGAAGUACGUCCAAUUUGUGCGACACCGAGCGGAAGUGGACGCCCGGUGUUGUGUCACAUUGGAAACGCUCUUCAGACUCAUCGAUCGUUUGAGGACAUUGGCAUGGCAACCCACUCCUGAUGACUUGGCAGGCAGGCUGUUGAUGCUCUCCGAACGAUGUUGACCUCCAAACUCCUCCCUCGUCUUCGUCUGCUGCACAGGACCAUUUUUUGCCACGGAGGUGUCGCAGGUGGCAGUGCGCAGCCGGCACUUCUGGCGUCCGCCCGCCCCCUCGGCAGCAGGGCGCCGCGUUACACCACAGCGGCCGACAACCGCCAUCCGCCUCGAUGGCUCCGAGCGGAGCCGGAACCGGACGAGAUGCUGGUACCCCGUAAGCUGUGCGUGAGUCCUCUGGAAACGUGGCUCUCGCUGCGCUACUCUCUUCCUCCCCUGCCGCAGCGGGAGCUGCCAGUUCUUGAGGAGGACGUCGAUGCGCCCCUCGCUUGCAAAAACGUCCUGGAGAUCCGGCGCCGCAAAAUGAACCGGCACAAGUACAAGAAGCUGUUGAAACGGACCAAAUUCCUCCGGAGGAGAGUGCGGGAGAGCAGGGGCAGAAAGAAGCAGAAACGUUUUGAGAAGGACCUGAAACGGAUUUGGAUGCGCGCUGGGCUGAAGAAGGCGCCAGAGGGAUGGAACACGCCCAAGCUCUUCAUAAGACAACACGGAAACCGAAGAAACUGAGAGCCUUUUGACCUCACGCGAGAUAAACAACUUGCUCUCCGUGGUCCCGGUCGUCUUGUUUUCAUCAUCGUCAGCGUCAUGAUUUGAAAUCAAAUCACAAGUGCAGUCAGUCUGCUCUUGUUCCGGUUUUUGUUGAACACCGGGCGCAGUUCCUCUUCGAUGCUGUAGGUGGCACUGCCGCCAAGCGAAGAAUGCCCACCGCGAUGACUACAACCCCCUCCCUCCCUCCCUCUUUCUGCGGUCUAGACAUUCUUGCUGGGAGAAUUAAAGUGGUGAAACACG